AAAGUCUAAGUAAUCAUUGAGUGGACGGCAGUGGGAGCUGGUGCAUGUGUACGCGUAUACGAAUUUGAAUUUGACGGACAGACAGUUUGUGCUUAAAAUUUAAUAAUUGUUUACAUUUAAAAAAAAAGAUAUAAUAAAGCUUGAAAAUGCGUUUGGGAGCGACAAUGCCGAAUUUCAAAGCAGAUACCACUAAGGGGAAAAUUCGAUUUUUCGAAUGGCAAGGCGAUUCCUGGGUCAUACUAUUCUCGCAUCCCUCGGACUUUACACCCGUCUGCACCACGGAGCUGGCACGUAUGGCCGCACGGUUACCAGAGUUCACGAAGCGGAAUACCAAAUGCUUGGCACAUUCAGUCGAUGAUAUUGAAACGCAUAAUAAAUGGGUGAAAGAUAUCCAAUCAUAUUGCACGGACAUACCCAAUGAAUUCCCCUACCCCGUUAUUGCCGAUCCACGCCGUGAUUUAGCUGUACUUUUCGGCAUGUUAGACGAGGAUCAGAAACGUGAUCCAAUAAUCGCACAAACCAUACGCGCACUCUACAUCAUUAGCCCAGAUCACAAAGUGCGUCUGUCGAUGUUUUACCCCAUGUCUACGGGUCGCAAUGUUGAUGAGAUUCUGCGCAGCCUCGAUUCAUUACAAUUGACGCAUAAACUGAAGGUUGUGGUCACGCCUGUCGACUGGACUCCCGGUAAUAAGGUGAUGAUUCAGCCGGAUGUCACGGAUGAGGAGGCAAAUAAAUUAUUUCCGAAGGGGUUUGAAAAGGUUCCAGUGCCGUCCGGGUUGGAUUAUGUACGGACCACUGAUCAUUAUUAGUCAAUAGGUUAAGCAAAAAUAGAAUUAAAAAGAAAAUAAUUAAAAUUUUUCUCUAUUCGAGUAAAGUUGAUGCCUAUUUAAGAAUUUUAAGAAAGUGCUAAUCAUUUUAAAAAUGAUUUUGUGCUUAAUUCAUUAAUUAUUUCUACUACUAAGCAUGUAUGGAAGAAUGAUAGAUUUUAAGUGCAAUUCAUUAAAAUGUUUUUUAAUAAAUUUGAAAAAAAAACAACA